GUCAACUUCCCAGGUGGGAUUUCUUGUAGUUAAUAGACGGAGCUCAGAGCCCCAAAAAGCAGUGCAUUCAGUGGAGGCAGAGAACACACUGCAAAAAGCCUUUCCCAGAACACGCUGUCAUGGCCCGGAGCGGCACGUUCCAGGCACAUCAGGUGAUAUCUCUGUUCACUUUUGCUAUCGGAGCCAACAUCUGCUUGGGAUUCACAGCACAUCGAAUUAAGAGGGCAGAAGAAUGGGAUGAAGGCCCUCCGACAGUGUUAUCAGACUCCCCCUGGACCAACACCUCCGGAUCUUGUAAGGGCCGAUGCUUCGAACUUCAAGAAGUUGGACCUCCUGAUUGUCGCUGUGACAACCUGUGUAAGAGCUACAGCAGUUGCUGCCAUGACUUUGAUGAGCUUUGUCUGAAGACAGCUGGCGGCUGGGAGUGCACGAAGGACAGAUGCGGAGAAGUCAGAAACGAAGACAAUGCAUGCCACUGCUCAGAGGACUGCUUGGCCAGGGGAGACUGCUGCACCAACUACCAAGUGGUUUGCAAAGGAGAGUCACACUGGGUGGAUGAUGACUGUGAGGAAAUCAAGACACCAGAAUGCCCUGCAGGGUUUGUCCGCCCUCCAUUAAUCAUCUUCUCCGUGGAUGGCUUCCGUGCCUCAUACAUGAAGAAAGGCAGCAAGGUCAUGCCUAACAUCGAAAAACUCAGGUCUUGUGGUACUCACUCUCCUUACAUGAGGCCUGUGUACCCGACGAAGACGUUCCCCAACUUGUACACCUUGGCCACUGGGCUGUAUCCAGAAUCACAUGGAAUUGUUGGCAAUUCAAUGUACGAUCCUGUAUUUGAUGCCGGUUUCCAUCUUCGAGGGAAAGAGAAGUUUAAUCACAGAUGGUGGGGAGGCCAACCACUAUGGAUUACGGCCGCCAAGCAAGGGGUGAAAGCUGGGACAUUCUUCUGGUCUGUGAUCAUCCCUCACGAGCGGAGAAUAUUAACCAUACUGCAGUGGCUGUCCCUGCCAGACAACGAAAGGCCUUCGGUCUAUGCCUUCUAUUCCGAGCAACCUGAUUUCUCUGGACACAAAUAUGGCCCUUUUGGCCCUGAGAUGACAAAUCCUCUGAGGGAAAUUGACAAAACAGUGGGGCAAUUAAUGGACGGACUGAAACAGCUGAAGCUGCAUCGCUGUGUAAACGUCAUCUUUGUUGGGGACCAUGGAAUGGAAGAUGUCACAUGUGAGAGAACUGAGUUUUUGAGCAAUUACCUGACGAACGUGGACGACAUCAUUUUAGUGCCUGGAGCUCUAGGAAGAAUUCGAUCCAAACCUAAUAAUGCUAAAUAUGACCCUAAAGCCAUCAUUGCUAAUCUCACGUGUAAAAAACCAGAUCAGCACUUUAAGCCUUACAUGAAACAGCACCUUCCCAAGCGCUUGCACUAUGCCAACAACAGAAGAAUCGAGGACAUCCAUUUGUUGGUGGAACGCAGGUGGCAUGUUGCAAGGAAACCUUUGGAUGUUUAUAAGAAACCAUCGGGAAAAUGUUUCUUCCAGGGAGACCAUGGAUUUGAUAACAAGGUCAACAGCAUGCAGACUGUUUUCGUAGGUUAUGGCCCGACAUUUAAGUACAAGACCAAGGUGCCUCCAUUUGAAAACAUCGAACUUUACAAUGUUAUGUGCGAUCUCCUGGGAUUGAAGCCAGCUCCUAACAAUGGGACGCACGGAAGUCUGAAUCACCUGCUGCGUACGAACACCUUCAGGCCCACCAUGCCGGAGGAAGUCACCAGGCCCAGUUACCCAGGGAUCAUGUACCUGCAGUCUGAUUUCGACCUGGGCUGCACCUGUGAUGAUAAGGUAGAGCCAAAGAACAAAUUGGAUGAACUCAACAAGCGCCUUCAUGUAAAAGGGUCUACAGAAGAGAGACACCUCCUCUACGGACGGCCUGCAGUGCUUUAUCGGACUCAAUAUGAUAUCUUAUAUCAUACUGAUUUUGAAAGCGGUUACAGUGAGAUAUUCCAAAUGCCACUCUGGACGUCAUACACCGUUUCCAAACAGGCUGAGGUCUCUGGCAUCCCCGAGCACUUGACCAACUGCGUCCGGCCCGAUGUUCGUGUUUCUCCGAGUUUCAGUCAGAGCUGUUUGGCCUACAAAAAUGAUAAACAGAUGUCUUAUGGAUUCCUCUUCCCUCCUUACCUGAGCUCUUCACCAGAAGCUAAAUAUGAUACAUUCCUUGUAACCAAUAUGGUCCCAAUGUAUCCUGCUUUCAAACGAGUCUGGAAUUACUUCCAAAGGGUAUUGGUGAAGAAAUACGCUUCAGAAAGGAAUGGAAUUAACGUGAUAAGCGGACCCAUUUUUGACUACGACUUCGAUGGCUUGCAUGACACACAGGACAAAAUCAAACAGCACGUGGAAGGCAGCUCCAUUCCCGUUCCAACUCACUACUACAGCAUCCUCACCAGCUGCCUGGACUUCACUCAGCCUGCGGACAAGUGCGACGGCCCCCUCUCCGUCUCCGCGUUCAUCCUUCCGCACAGACCCGACAACGAUGAGAGCUGCAACAGCUCAGAGGAUGAGUCGAGAUGGGUGGAAGAGCUCAUCAAGAUGCACACAGCACGCGUGCGAGACAUAGAACAUCUCACCAGCCUGGAUUUCUUCCGGAAGACCAGCCGCAGCUACUCAGAAAUUCUGGCGCUAAAGACGUACCUGCAUACGUACGAGAGCGAGAUCUAACGUUCUGCUCCUCCACAGGGCCGUCUUGUCAACUGGUGUAUAUUUUUAUAUUGUGUUUGUAUUUAUUAAUUUGAAACCAGGACAUUACAAAAUGUUAGUGUUUUAAUCCUGUACCAAAUCUUACGUAUUAUGCCUGAAUGACUCCACUGUUUUUCUCUAAUGCUUGGUCUAGGUAGCCUCGUGCUCUGCGUAGAGCUUGUAAUAAAUACUGCAGCUUGUGUUUUUUAGUGGGAGCUUCUAAAUGGUGCUGCAGACUUGAGAUUUGUAUGGAAGAAAUACUAAUUUUCCAAUGCACAGUUACGACAUUUAGUCCUGUACUGUAUUGAAAUACUGAUUUUGUAAAGUUGCAUUUAUUUACUGUUAAUUAUGACAGACGUAUUUAAGCCUUAUAAACCAAUCUUAAAUAUAAUAAAUCACACAUCCAGUUUU